UAAAACAUACAAAAUGUAGAAUACGUUUGAAUAUAUUUAAAUGUCAUAUACAUAUGUAAAUGCAAUUAAAUAUAUAUAUCUUAGGAAUUGAAAACAAAAAAAUUGUACAAUGAAUCGAAUGAUGGCAUCGUUAAAUAUCUUCACUACAAUAUUGCUUGCAAUUUACUGCAUAGAAUAUGUCAAGGGUGAGGCGUUCAUUAUACCAAUUAGCGAGGCGACUCCCGAUCUGGGUGUAACUGUAACUGAUAUGUAUGCAAAAUGUGAAGCCGUCAGUAAAUGCUCAAUUGCUCGAAUUCAAGAGAUUUUAGACGUUACAGAGCAAAUAAGUGGCGAACGAAUGAUACAUCGUAUAGUGGAAAUAGUGCGUCAAAAUUAUUCUUCAAUCAAUGAAAAUGAAUGGAACACGAUAAUUGAUGAAGAGUGCCGUAGCAAUGUUUUUCUUCACGAGCUGCCAAACACGGGGAUAAUGAAUCUCAGGCCUUGUAUGCCUCAUUUAACUAGCGGUGCUUCGAAUAUUGCUAUUCGAAAUUACAUACAAGAAUACUGCAAUAGAGUAAGCAGAGUGUCUAAACAGAUGUUACUAAUGUUCGAAUUUUAAAGCUUAUGAAGAUGGUUCAGGUCUAGUUUCCACAUUCAAAUUUUUGCCAACAACCAAUUUAUUAAUAAUUAUAUUGAAUAGUGUAAAAACGACGAAUAAAGAAAACAAAUAAGAAUUCUAUUUCAUUUAAAUACAUUUACUUACAUUUGAAUAUAUUUUGUGAUUUUAAAAAUUACAAUUAGUCUAAAUUUUCAGUAUCAUUUCGUGAAUAUGGAACAAUCUACGCAACUAAUUUUAGAAAAGUUUUUUUUUCACUCAAUUUAUUAUAUUAGCGAAAGGUCAUAUUUUAGAAACUAUUUAAUUUCAAUCAAAUAUAAUUUAUUUGAAUCAAAUAGAAGCUCACAUUAAAUUUGAAUGUAUUCAAUUGAUAUGGAAAGUAAUAAAUUUUGAGUAAAGGAUGUGAAAUGUGCUAUUUUAAUAUUCAAAAAUUAUUUUAUCUGGGUAUAAGAUAGGUCUAUAGCUGCAAAUUUCAGUGCUGUGUGAAAUAUAAUGUUAUAUAAUUCAGAAGUGACCGCCUUAGAGAAAAGGGGGCUUAUGACCAAAAAAUUGAUUUUUGGAUUUUGACGAUUUGUUACACUUCAAGGUCUUAAAAAAACGUAAUGCUAUUAGUUUCGGAAAGAAAAUGUUUGGUCGUAAGCCCCCUUUCCUUAGACGCGGGCACAUAUCGUCGGAGCUACUGCAAUACCGGCAUACCGCGCAUCUGCAAAUUCUUUAUUAAGGGCGACAAUGCAUGACAAAUUGCACAAAAACUGGACUUUAAGAAAAUUGCAGUAGCCCCGACGAUAUAUAACAUACAUUUUUAAAGAAAAUUAAAUUUUUAUGUAAGAGUAUUUAAAUUAUUAUUGCAAUAUUAGAUAAUGAACAGGGAUAAAUUUAAAUGAAUUAAAAAAUAUAUACAAACUUAUAAUAAGUGUUUAUUUUUGAGAAUUUAAAUUUAUUCAAGUCAAGAUAUACAUAAUUCUAUGUGCAUGCAUGAUGUAUAAAAGAAAAAAACCUUCAAAAAACGCACACUUUUGCUUGCUUUUGCUAAUGUAUUGCAGAACGAUGAAGUUUUUAAUUUUUCUACUUGUCACUCUAGCUAUUUUUUUUUUCGGCAUAGUUGAUGUAGGAGGGGAAGAAUUUCAAAUACCUGCAGAAAUUAUACACCAAUAUUUAAACAUCACGAAGGAUGAAUUAUACCAAAAAUGCGAAGAGAGAAAUAUGCAUUGUUUGACUGUUAUAGGACUCGAUACAGUGGAGCUGAUAGAACAAAAAAAUGGAGAAAGACUAAUAGAAUUAUUAGUGAAAAGAGCGCGUAAAAAUCCUCCUCUGAAUGAAGAAUUGUGGCAAAAAGCUAUGGAUCGACAUUGUCUACAUGAUAUUGUUUUACAAACAAUGUUGGAAAUUGGUUUCGGCAAGAUUUUUCAAGGAUGUGUUCCAGAACUUAUUGCUAAUAACAACGAGAUACUUGCAAAAACGGGAGAAGAAUAUUUUAAAACUUACUGUGGACGUAUAGAAAGAAUAGCUAAACAAAGAAUAGCAAGGAUGGAACGUUGAAGAAAAUUCUACAAAUUAAUAUAACCUACAAUUUUAUUUAGUAUGUUAUUUAACAAGCAUGUAAACAAUACAAUUGUAUUAUAUAAAUGAAAUAAAAGAUAAAUGAUAUCUAUUGACCAAUGUCCCUAAAA